CUUCAUUGGAGCAAACAUGGCGACUGCCAUGGAGCUACGGUGCUGGGGUGGCGAUUGGGGUCUACCGUCUGUCCACAACGAGUCCCUCGUUGUCCUGGCAUAUGCUAAGUUUUCUGGGGCCAAAGUGAACGUUUCUCCUAUAGACUGGACAUGGAAAACCUUGACAGCAACAGUCCCGGAGCUGAUUUGCGGAGAUACUUCAGUGAAAGAACCUUCUCAGAUUCUUAACUUCCUGAGAAAGCAGAGGUUUAAUGCAGACUAUGAGCUGAGUGCCCGACAAGGAGCUGACACCAUGGCGUACAUCGCUCUCCUCCAAGAGAAACUACAACCUGCAUUGUUGCACACUUUCUGGUUGGAUGCCGACAACUACGCCAAUUUGACACGGCCAUGGUUUGCCUCUCGUUCUCCGUUCCCUCUAAAUUUUCUCGUCCCCAGUCGUCACGCCAGCAACGCCCUCUCCCGCAUCCUGCUGACCAAAGGAGAGUCACCACAACGCAGAAUCAGUGAGGUGGAAGGAAAGCUCUACAGUGAUGCCAAGGAAUGCCUCAAUCUCCUCUCCUACAGACUGGGUUCAGCAAACUACUUCUUUGGCAACUUGCCCACCAGCUUGGAUGCUUUUGUGUUUGGGUUUGUGGCUCCCAUCCACAAGGCCCACCUCCCCAACAGCCCCCUGCAGAGCCACGUCAGACAGCUGGAGAACCUCACGCACUUCUGCGACAACAUCCUGUCGGUCUAUUUCAACUCGGCCCACCCUUGUCUUCCUCCAUCUGUUCAGGAAACAAUGGAUGCCAACCUCCAGAAACUAACUCAGCUUGUAAACAAAGAAUCCAACUUGAUAGAAAAGAUGGAUGACAACCUACGCAGCAGCCCUCAGCACAAACCUCACCGGCCAGAGCCCAAACCCAGUCUGAUCAUGGAAAAAAGCUCUACACCUGCAUAACCCCCGACCUCUGACCCCCCCCUCACCCUAAUAAUCCUGCCUUAUGAGCGAACAAGCGGAGACCACCUUGUAGCUGAAAGGUACAACUCAUGAGACUUAAUAACCGUCAUCAACGUGAACCACAUCUUAGCAGUCGAAGCCUGUUUGAAGGUAAUGAUGAUGGCUUUGGAAGAUGUCAGUCGGAAAGAGAAGAAAGCGCAGCGUAAGGUCUUUUUAAAUGACUGCAUGCACCGUGGCGGUUCAUGAUGGAAUGGAAUUAUGAACUAAUGCUAAAUGAGAAAGACACAGAAUGUCCAAAAGGAAACGAAAAGUUCUGCAGGGAAAGUAAGUGGUGCUGCUUGACCAUGACAGUUUUUAUUUGAACCCUUUUAGCUCCUUGUUUUCAAUGAGGGAAUAUUGAAGCCUUUCCUUUUUUGUUUGACCUUGCAGAUGAACCUCAUCUGUCAUUGCACCAAGUCUUCACAUUGAUUCAUUCAUUUCAAAAUAGAUUACAAAAUGAUGUGUAACUCACUUUAUGCAUGUAAUCUCCCCACGGUUGUAGAGCUUGUACAGUUGUAAAUAGAACCACAAGUAUGUAUAGUAUAUGAUUAAUGCUAUGUGCUCCGAAAGGGCUUAGCAGCUUGUUUGCUUGGCACACCGGGGGGGUGAAAGGGCCUUAUUCGCUGUAUAAACCUAUCACUGUGUCCCUUUGCAGCUGACAUGAGGAGAGGUGUGUGUGUUUCAUUAACAACACACGUUGCCUCUUCAUGACCUACAGCCUGUGUCUUUACAAACGUGUUUAAUAGUGUCAGACAUUGUUAAGCUUUUUCCUGUGCCUAUGUGACUGUCACUUUAUUUUAAACUCAAGUCCAAGCCAGAAAUGGGUCAUUACCUGUUCAUUUUACUUUGUUUUUUCCCAUUUUAUGUUUGUAUGCGAUUGUUAACAUGGGUGGUGGACGUUAUGAAAUGUGCAUUUAUGUGAGUUCUAUCACAAUCUCUGUGUCUUAGUCUGUGUCGUGAUAAUAUUUAAUACGGCAAAAUUUUCACCAGAGAUGCAUUCCCUUCAAAGCAACAUAUUCUGAAACAAAAUAUAUACUGUAUUGACCCAAAUAUAAGACAACUCCUCUUAUUCAGCAAAUACUUUUUUUAAAAUCAUGCUUUCACUGUCAGUGAAAUAAAAAAUGUCCGCUUCAGUGAUCACCAUUAUCCUAAAGUUGGCAUCAUAACUCUUCCUGUUGUUUGCUAACUUGCCCAACAUUCUCUUUUUUCCCAGCGAGUCUGUCACGGCUGCGUCUCACUGGUGUGUGAGUGACAGGAAGAAAAGUACUGAUUUCCACCUGCUGAUUUACAUGAAUUAACAUCUAGAAUAUAAGACAACCCGUCUUUUCCAGGCUUUUUAUAGGACAGAAUCCUGUCUUGCAUUGGGGUCAAUACAGUGUAUGUAUUUGUUGGUGUGCAGACUUGUGCGGACCGUGUGCUUGCUUUUGUGCCUUCAUCGCAUUUAUCAUUUUUAUUUAUGGCCCCACAAGGCUUGUGGCAUCUGUGGCUGUUUGUAUUGAGCCCAGCGUUAAAGGGAACAACUUCAGAUGAAAGAUGAAUAAAUAUAUAUAUAUAUAUAUAUAAAUAUAAUAACCAUGUGUUGUUGUUUUUUUUAAUUUAUUAUACUUGCUUCCUGUUUAUGCAUGCUAAACUGUUGUGUAUGUGCUCUCAUUUGCUACUCUUCCCCUGACUAUACUCUCAGUGGUUGGCCAGUUUUCAGCCGCUCAGCAUGCUUCUCUGAUUGUGUGAUAGGCUGUUUACUUGUUUGCAGCAUAGAGCGCUCUUUGUUUGCUUUUGGCCUUUGGCUAUGGAAAAAUGAGACUAAUUGAGAGGAAAUGAUGCCAGGCCGACAUCAGAUAGUGUCCCAGUUAUUGUUGACAUGAGAGAGAGACUUGGCUGACGGUUUAGUUGGUGUGUGAACAGAGCAAAGGCACAAAAACAAACAAUGCCAAAAGUUGGAAUCUACAGUUAUUCUAAUUGUUGAAUAUUGUGGGCUAAAUGGUGUUGCUCUGAUUAUAUUGAAGUUAUCUGAAAGGUCUGAGCUGUGAAAUAAGUCAUUAUGUUUUGAGGCAAUUAAAACUGUAUAGGUGUACAUUUUGCCUGAUAAAAUAGAAAUAAUGUUAUAAGCAGAUGCACUGACUAUAACCAUCAGAUGGUACACUGUGGCCAUCUAGUGGUGAGUGUGGGUAAUGCUGGAGGGACAACUGACUUUAAUCAAAACAUUCCAGUUGAACAAAUAUAAAAAUAAUCAUGUUCCUUCAGCUUGAAAGCUUCACAUGAAAGUCUGUUUUCAAGAAAGAAAGAAACCCAAAUUAAAACAGAAGGUAGGAACAAAAACAAAGAAGUGAUCACAUGUUUACAAAAAGGCAUAUUCACAAUAUGAAAGUGCUGCAGUAUAAUUCAUUGACAAACUAGAUUUUGGGUUGAGGAGAGGGUUUAAAUUAAUUAAAUGGAGACAUUAAAGUUUGUUAUGAAGAUGUAGGAGACUAGAACAAGUACAAAACACUUAAAACAUACGCAGUGUCUAAAAUGUACAGCAAACAUCAACUUACUGAAAGUCACUCCAUGUCAGCUCAGUUGUAUUUCAUGAAAUGAUCUAUAUAAUGUGAUAUUUACAUGUUUCUUACACUAUUACCAGGAUGAUCAAUUGAUGUUUCUUUAUAGUUUUGUAUGCCUGAGCUUUAUCAAGAUGAGACAUUACGUAAUCAACUGUAAAAAAAAAAAAAAAAAAAAUACAACAAAAAAAAACCCUUAGCAGUCUUUGGCAAACUCUGGCACUUCCAGCACCAUCCUGACCUCCAGACGACCCGCAGUCUCCAAGGCCAGACCAGGGUGACACGGCUGGGUGAAGUCGUGUCUGAAAGAACCAAACAACUGACCUGUUUGGGCGUUGUAGAAACACAGGUGACCCUGCUGGUAAUCCAGGAGGGUGCCCACCCGUUCAGGCGACUCCAUCACAAAGACGCUGGACUGAGUGUCGUUGUGGAGCAUCUCAUAUCUGCAACUACAUCAACACAACACCUUAACUUCAACAGUUAGGGUGGUGGUCAUACAGUAGUUUUGUAUAACAUGCUUCAAGAUACAUGGAAGUGCAUCACAUGUUCUUAUGUCAUGACUCAGCAAAAACAAACUGUGAUACCUGUACCACUGGUGGUACGCAGGCUCCAUUUAGUGGUACCAUAGACGUAUUUUUAUUCAAUAAAAAUACAUUUAUAUUACAGACAUAAUCAAAAUAGACAAAUAAUUGUACAAAUAUACAUUUAUCAACCAAAAUUUUUCUAAAGCGGAGCUUGCAAAAACGGUGGUACUUGCCAGCAAAAUACUGUAUUUUUGAGGUAGUAAAAAAUAGCAUGACUACAAUGACUUUGAUACACCAAUGAACUGUUUCGUUGCAAGUGGGACUAGCUGAUUAGCAUAGGCAAACUCCCUCCAUUGCCUUUAUAAGGGCAUGAAACUGUAGCGUCACGUGUACAAAACUGUAUUUUCACUUCUCCUUCCCUCAACUCUAAUUUAUACAUUUUCACCUUUACGCAGACAUUUCCUUAUUUGGGCAACAAGGGGCGUUACCUAUGUUAUAACCGGAACAGCGAGCACAUUGCUUAGUUGGAAACAGGACAAAAAAAAUACAAAUUUCAGAGUGUGAUUUUUGUAAAACACAUUAGUGAGUUGUUUAUAUUUGUGUUUUGACCUACCCAGAUGGUGAAGGGAUGCACUGCAAACACCAUGACUGAUUGUUUUCCCCCAGGGAGAACUUUCUGUGAACUGGGCUGUACGCUACUCCGAGCCUGUAAGCCGCACAUCCUGACACGGUGGUCUCCCAGUAGUGGCGACCCCUCGCUGGUAGUAACUCACCUAGAAUGGACGGCGGCCUGGAAAGUAUAAAAUACAGUAAAUGGACGAGUUUGGAAACAAGAAAUAAAAUCCGACCCGUCUGUACCUAGAUGAGUCGCCCCAUGUGUAGUGUACACCCAGCACUCCACAGACGACAGCUUUGUAAAAAAGCAGACUUUGCUACACAUUGUGGGAGCUUUAAGUGUGAUUGUUUUGUUUUUCUUCAGUGAAUAGGCUAACCUAGCAUGAUGUUAUAAUGGAGGGGUGUCCAAAGUACAUUUGUGGUCCUCGGAUGUUUUUUUAUUGGCCCACGGCACAUUCUAAAAAUAUAGUUUAACAAGAAAACUUAAAAAAAAAAAAAAAACACCACGAACAACAGCAAGAAAUGAAAAAAUCAGUCAUUUUACAAGUAUAAAGUGAAAAUAUUGAGACAGAAACAGUAAUCUAAUGAGGAAAACGUUAUUUUACGAGAAUAGUCUCGUAAUAUUAUGAGGGAAAAUAAUGUAAUUUUAGUGGCAUAAAGUUUUCUUAUGAGAACAACAAAUAAAGUUGUAAUUUUUGGAAAAUUAGGUGGCGUAAAAAGUUAGAAUGCUACGAGAAUCGAGUCAAAAUAUUAUGGCAAUAAAGUCAAAAUUACGAGAAGAAAAUUUACAAGAAGAAAGUUAAAAUUGCUGAAAAUUAAAAAAAACCCCAAAAAAACAGCAGAAAUAUAAAAAAAAAAGAGCUGGAAUUUUAUGAGAAAGUCAAAAUAUUAAGCGAACAAGUCAUAUUCUAAAGAGAAAAAAGUUGCAAUUUUUCAAGAAUAAAGGAAAGAGGAUGUCAUUUUAGUAACAUCGAGUUGAAAUAUUAAAGAAUUUUUUUUUAAGUCACAUUAUGAGAAACAAACCAAACAAAAUAGAGUUCUUCUCUUAAUAUUAUGACUUUAUUCCCGUAGUUUUUUUUCCCAACCUAAUUUUCCAAAAAUGACAACUUUAUAAAUAUAGUAUAAAAAAUAAUUUUUAAUAAUUUUUUCUGUGAUAUAUCAACUCUGUGCUACUAAAAUGACAU